AUAUGAUAUUGAUUCUGUAACGAGUAGAGGGGUGAAACCCAUAUAUGAAUCAGAGACAAAUUACAUAAAUACUUACAAAUUACAGCAACAUAAUUCGAAAUUAAAUCCUUAUAAAAUCACAGGUAUUAAGAAUCAAAGAGAAUAUCUAAACAUCAGAAUGUUCUUCUAAAGAAUUUAAAAUGGAAAGGGGCUUAAGACAAGACAAUCCGCUUUCUUUUUUUUUUUGUUUCUCAUGGUGGCCCAAGGUUUCAAUGUCCUUAUGAACAAAAUACUAAGUGAUGGAAGCUUCAUGGGUUAUGGAGUGGAAAGGGAGGAAGAGAUUUCUAUUUCUCAUCUUCAAUUCGUGGACGAUACUCGAAUAAUUGGUAAAAGAAGUUGGAAUCAUAUUUUUGCUAUGAAGGCUAUUCUCCAUUUAUUUGAACUCAUUGCCGGGUUGAAGGUGAAUUUUCACAAACGUGUUAUGGUGGGAAUUAACGUGGAUACCUCCCGUCUUGAUGAUGCUGCGGAUAUUUUGAAUUGAAAAUGUUGGCAACUUUCCUAUAAAGUAUCUAGGUCUUCCCCUUGGAGCUGAUCCUAGGAGGAUUCAUACUUGGGAUGUGGUGGUGGAUUCUAUUCACAAAAGACUCUCGUCCUAGAAGUGUAAAUCAUUGUCAAUUGGAGGAAGGCUUAUGCUGUUAAAGUCCGUCUUGUCCGCCUUGCCCAUCUACUUUCUUUCUUUCUUCAAGGCACCAACAAGUAUCAUUUAUCUCAUUAAAUCUUUGUUUAAUAAUUAUCUUUGGGGAGGGAAUCGGGAAGCGACAAAAAUCCAAUGGGUUAAAUGGGAAAAGGUUUGUAAGCCAAAAGACAUGGGGGUCUUGGAAUUAGAAAUUUGAGAAAUUUGAGGGUAUUCAACAUGACACUUUUAGGAAAGUGGCGAUAGAGAAUUAAAAACUACUCCCUCCGUUCUUUUUUAAGUGUAUUUUGACUACAGAUUUAUCGUUUUUAUUUAACUUUCAUUUUAGUAUUUCAAGGGUAGUAUUUGUCAAUUUCUCUUAUAUUUUUUGAUAAAACUAAUUAAUGCUAUAUAUUUCUUUUUUAUUUUGGUAGACUAAAGGUAGCCUCCGCGUGCGGACAUUUUGAUGUGUAUGUAUUGAUUUCAAUAAUGGUGGUUAUGACUUUUCCAAGUAUCUGAAACCAAAAAGAAAAAGAAAUAAGCAUCCAUGAGGUGCAACAGCCAAUUAUUUAUCGACAGAAGGCAGGCAAUAAAUAAAUAUAAAAAUGAAUGAAUGGGUGACACAUAAUAUAAAUUGCAUAGUGUGGUCCGUCGUCGCCGUCACUAAACACAGUGUCGUAAUCUCUCAGUCAAUUGAACACUGUUUCAACAUUAUUUCUUUCAUUCCCGCAUACGCACGCACACUGUAUUCUCCAAGCUUGCAUCUCAGUAUCCUUAACUUCUUCACUGGCGAUCUCACACGUGCGCGCGUCUCUUCUUUCAAGGUUUAUCUCAGACCCUACAAGUUUUGUUACUGAACACUCCAAUGCAGAAAAGUUCAGGAGGUAUAACAAGCCAAUUGCUUGGAGGUUUAUGUUGUUAUCUUAGAAGAUGCAUAUUUUCUGUUUUAUCGGUUGGUCCUUUGCCAAAUCAUAUUGCUUUCAUAAUGGAUGGGAAUCGAAGGUAUGCAACGAAGAGAAACUUGGGAGACGGUGGUGGCCAUAAGGCUGGAUUUUCAGCUCUAUUGUCCAUCCUUAGAUACUGUUAUGAAUUGGGAAUUAAGUAUGUAUCUGUCUAUGCAUUUAGCAUUGAUAACUUCAGAAGGAAGCCUAAAGAGGUUCAAUCAGUCAUGGACUUGAUGCGAGAAAAGAUCGAGGAGUUGCUUCAACAGGAAAGCAUUAUCAAUGAAUACGGCGUUCGAAUACAUUUCAUUGGAAACAUGCAACUAUUGACCGAGCCUGUCAGGGUUGCUGCAGAAAAGGCAAUGAGAGUUACUGCCAAGAACCAAGAGAGAGUUCUUUUAAUCUGCGUUGCUUAUACUUCAACUGAUGAGAUUGUGCAUGCUGUUCAAGAGUCCUGCAAAGAUAAAUGGAUUGAAAUUCAAGCAUCCAAGGAAGGUAAGGUUUCCAACGGGGUCUUGAAAAACAAUGGUCUUGAUUUGCAUUUUCGCGAUUUAUGUAGAGAUAAUGCAACCGAAGCUUGUAGUAGUCUACAUGAUGGAGUUGAAGGUGCUGGAGAGAAAGAUGCUUUGUUAGAGCAAAAUGGUGAAAAACAUAGCGGUAAUUACAGUGAAGGUGAAAUCACAUCUUGUAACGGGAUUUUUGAAAUAACUGAAGAGAGAAAGUACAAGCAGGGUGAGACUGCUUCUAUACAACUAGUUGAUAUUGAAAAGCACAUGUAUAUGGCCGUGGCACCUGAUCCAGAUAUCUUGAUCAGAACUUCUGGAGAGGCUCGUCUCAGUAAUUUUCUUCUUUGGCAGACCAGUGCAUGCCCUUUGUAUGCACCAAAAGUACUAUGGCCUGAAAUUGGUCUGAGACACCUGGUGUGGGCAGUAUUGAACUUUCAGAGGCAUCAUUUUUACUUGGAAAAGAAAAAGAAACAAUUUUGAUUGUAACCUUAGCUAUAAUUCAGAUUAUAUAAUUUGUGAUAAUAUAUAUAUUUUUUUAAACCAAA